AAAACUGGAGCAUGGCUAUCAGUGCCACAAUUUGGAAACUGGGACCAAAAGGGUGCAUUCCCAGACUACUCUAUGGAUUUCUCUAAAAUAAGAGAGAAUAGGAAACAAAACAAGAAAGACUUGUCAAGAGCCAGUUUAGGUAAUGAGAAAGAGCUCAUUUUUACUACCAAAAAGGAUGUAAAUUCAGGUUACUCUCCCCACAGUAAUGAUCACCAUUACCAUCAAAACCGCUGUCCCACUAGGAUGAGAAAGAUCUUCAACUAUUUCAACUGCUGUAGUGCAAAAGCUUGAAGUUCAACGGAUUGAUUUCUUCCAACUUGUUUGUAAUGAUAAAUAUAGCAAUGUGAUUUCUCCUAUAUAUGUUUUGAGGGACUUUUCCAAGAAAUAGGAAAUGUUGUGGAUUUUGAGAUUGUGGUGAUUAACAAAAUGUUCCUAUGGUAGAGCAAUGAAGUAAUUAAGGAAAGUAUUUGUUCUAGCUA